UCGCGGAGAAAGCAAGGAAGAGGAAUUGUAUCUCAGCUCUUCUGCCAGGACACAGCACCAAAAUGCAGCCCGUGCCCCUGCACAACCUCUCGGAGUUGGAAAGAGCCAGUCUGCAAGAGCUUGCUCUCUACCAGCUGCAGGAAAAGCUGCUGGUUGGAGAUCUCAGCCUGGCUAAAGUUGGUCCUAAAGGUAAUAAAUCUAUCCGCCAGAAACUGGAGAGCUUUUCCAAGGAGAAGAAAGAUGGCUCUCCUCAGACUUUCGGGAUCCCCCUCUUCCAGGUCAUUGACAAUGAUCGUGCGUACAAGCAACUGCAAGAAGAAGUGAAGAGCAGUCGCCGGCUCUGCUUGGAGGUGGAAGCCACAGUGAUAAGAUUCAGGGCUCAGAUGCAGAAGAAGUCUCCGCCRGGCAAAAGCUGUGGGCUCGUCCCCUGCAGGGUGUUAUCCGAGGAGCAGCUUUCUCCCACUUUUAUUGACCACAGCUCCUGGAGCCACCGAAGGGGGGCAAUGUCCGUGGACUCCAUCAGCGACCUGAGCGACAACACUUCCAAGCUGCUGGAGGCACUGCAGUUGUCCCAUCCCCAUGAGCUGGAUCUGCGGAGAAGCCGGGGCAAGAAGAUGUUGAGCCUCAAUCCUAUCACUUGGCAGGUCCCCAGGAUUGUGGACAGAUGUUGCCAACACAUUGAAACGCAUGGUCUCCAGACAGUGGGCAUCUUCCGGGUUGGGAGUUCCAAGAAAAGAGUUCAGCAGCUGAGGGAAGAGUUUGACCARGGACUGGAUGUCUUCUUGGACGAGCACCAAAGCGUUCAUGACGUGGCUGCUCUGCUCAAAGAGUUUCUUCGUGACAUGCCAGAUUCCCUGAUUCCCAGAGAGCUCUAUGAAGCCUUUCUCAGCACAGCAUACAUGGAGCGCCCGGCGCAGCUUGCCACGCUCCAGUUGCUGCUCUUCCUGCUGCCGCCGUGCCACAGCGACACGCUGCACCGGCUGCUGCGCUUCCUCGGCGAGGUGGCCCGGCAUGCCGAGAGCUCCCGGGGCCCUGACGGCCAAGAGAUACCUGGGAACAAAAUGACAGUCUCAAACUUGGCCACAGUCUUUGCCCCCAACAUCCUGCAGAGAGAGAAGCCUGGAGAGAAGGACUGUGGCGUCAUGAAUAUUGAAGACAGCAGUGCUGUCAUAUUGGUGCUGCAGAGGUUGAUCGAGCACCACCAGGCCUUGUUCAUGGUCUCUCCAGAAAUGCAACAGGACAUCUUAAGCAGACUCUUUCAGACAGACCCCGAUGUCAUUGAUUACCUCUUGCGCAGGAAGUUUGAUAACGUGCUGUCCAGAAGGUGAGUAAGAGGACUUGCAUCCCACAAGCUGGUGUGGAGAGCUACCACUCCAAGCACGUGACAGAGGAGACGUUUUGAUCCCUGUAACCUGUAGUGGCAUCAUAAUCUUCACGGUGACUCUUUCAUGGUCUUACACUGUAGAGCAUCUGGUGGGAAAUGAUUUCUGAGAUCAUGGACUGAUAUCUCUGCCACUGCUCCCUGUGGCAGGACAGUGCUUGAGGAGAAGAGUCCCCUUCCAUCCUUUUGGCACUGUGCUUUCCCGAGCGUGGUGCUCCAGCCAGAUGCAGGUUGCACGUCUCGGCCCAGAGAACCACUUUUUUCCCACCUCUUCUGAAAAGUUUUCCAAGGACAAAAGGAAAAAUGAGGCAUUGAGUGAAUUGCACCUCUUUAAAAUGCAAAUCAGUAAUCAUGUCUGAUAUCAAAACACUGGAGUUCUACCUUUUAUAAAGGUGUGACUAGCUAAUCUAACAUACUACAGGACUAGAUGUUUUGACAAUGACUUUAACAAAGGCAUAAGAUGUGUAUAAAGUAGAGAGACAAAUGAGUUUUGUAACAAAGCAAUCUCUAUCUAAAAGACCAUAAAGUCAUCUAUUUAAUCUCAUGCUCCUUUUGGGGGGAAAAAGGAUGGAAUAA